GUUCUUGAUACUGGCAGAAGAAAGACAGUGAGCGAAAAAGAUUACAUAUUCCGUGAGCGAGAUGAACCAAUAGGUAUUGGGCUGUUUGUGCUAUAGUGCCAAUCAUUAGUUUGAAAUAUUUUUAUUUAUUUAAAGUAGAUUUGUACAUAUCAAAAUUGUACCAUAAUGGUAUUAUUACGUUUUGUAUUUACUUUAUUAUUUGUAUUUUCAAAUGUUUGGUCUAAAGAAAGUAAUGAUAUUCUGGUCUAUACAGUGGCAACAGAAGAAACCAACGGCUUUGAUAGAUACUUAAAUUCUGCCAAUGAAUUUAACAUACAACCGAAAAUAUUGGGUCUGGGCCAUGAAUGGAAAGGUGGAAAUGUCAGAACACAUCCUGGGGGUGGAUUUAAAUUUAAUCUACUCAAAAAUGCCUUGGAGGAACAUAAAAAUAGUAACAAAGUGGUACUCUUCACAGACUCCUAUGAUGUGAUAUUUUUAGGAAAAGUAGAUGAUAUUAUUAGGAGAUUCAAGAAAACUGGUGCAAAAGUUCUUUUUGGUGCAGAACCAUAUUGUUGGCCAGAUACCAGUUUAGCUGACCAAUAUCCAGAGGUGACAGAGGGUAAAAGAUUUUUAAACUCUGGAAUGUUCAUUGGAUACGCCCCUGAAAUCUACAAGUUAUUAACAAGAGAAGAUAUUCAAGAUGACGAUGAUGAUCAACUAUAUUGCACAAAAGCAUAUUUAGAUAAAAAAUUCAGGGAAGAGAUUCAAAUGAAACUGGAUCAUAAAAGUGAAAUUUUCCAAAAUUUGAAUGGGGUAGCAGCUGAAAUCGAGAUUGCUUCUAAACAGGAAAAAGAAGAUGAGAGAGAAACAUAUUAUAUCAAAAAUUUAGUUUCUCGUACAGAACCAUUGAUUUUACAUGGCAAUGGACACUCAAAAUAUACUCUAAAUUAUCUUGGUAACUAUGUUCCUAAUGUUUGGAAUUCGUUGGAAGGUUGCAAACUAUGUAAAAAAGGACAGAUUGAUCUCUCAGCUAUAUCCACCAAAGAUUGGCCUACUGUUCUUAUUUCCGUAUUUAUUGAGCAAAAUACUCCAUUUUUGGAAGAAAUGUUACAGAAAUUGUAUUCCAUGGAUUAUCCAAAAGAUAGGACGCAUCUCUUUAUCCACAAUUCGAUAAAAUUCCAUACAAACAUUGUUCAAAGCUUUGUGGAAAGAUUUAGCAAAGAUUAUGUAUCUUUCAAACAAAUUACCCCUGACGAUGGUAUACCGGAAUGGACAGCAAGAGAUUUAUCACUGGAUAUAUGUCAAAAGAAAAAAUGUGAGAUAUACUUCUCUGUAGAUUCUAUCGCACACAUCGACAAUCCGUUCACGUUAAAACUUCUUAUUGAACAAAAUCGUACUGUCGUAGCUCCUAUGUUAACCAGACCUGGCAAGGCUUGGAGCAAUUUCUGGGGAGCACUGACCAAAGACGGCUUCUACUCCAGGUCCAAUGAUUACAUGGAUAUUGUACAUAAUGAGAAACAGGGAUUGUGGAACGUGCCUUUCAUCUCAAAUGCUUACAUUAUCAACGCCACGCUCUUGAGGAAAUUCGAUCGUACUCAAUUGAACUACACCAGACCUAACUUAGAUGCCGAUAUGGCGUUCUGUAGUACUUUGCGGCACUUGGACGUAUUUAUGUACGUAUCAAACAGGCUCGAAUUCGGUCAUUUGAUUAACGCCGAUACAUUCGAUGUCACGAGAACAGAACCUGAGAUGUAUCAAAUAUUCGAAAAUGAGAGAGAUUGGGAAGAGAGAUACAUACAUCAAGAAUAUCCAGAUAAUUUCAAUCCCGAAAGGAAGGAUGCACAGCCUUGUCCGGAUGUUUACUGGUUCCCCAUCGUUUCGACUAGAUUCUGUGAAGCUCUUAUUAAUAUGAUGGAGAGUUUUGGAAAAUGGUCGUCGGGUAAAAAUGAAGAUGAUCGUCUGUCUGGAGGAUAUGAAGCUGUACCUACCAGAGAUAUCCACAUGAACCAAGUUGGAUGGGAAAGGCAUUGGUUAUACUUUUUACAAAAGUACGUCAGACCGUUGCAAGAGAAAGUUUUCUUGGGAUACUACCAUGAUCCACCUAAGUCCCUCAUGAAUUUUGUUGUGAGAUAUAGACCAGAUGAACAACCUUCGUUAAGACCACAUCACGAUAGUUCAACUUAUACUAUCAACAUCGCCCUCAAUAAGAGAGGAAUAGAUUACGAAGGGGGCGGCUGUAGAUUCAUUCGUUAUAAUUGUAGUGUGGUUGAUACUAAACAAGGUUGGUUAUUGAUGCAUCCCGGUAGGUUAACUCACUUCCAUGAAGGUUUGUCAGUCACCAAAGGGACAAGAUACAUCAUGAUAGCGUUCGUCGAUCCAUAGAUUAUUUCUCUAUUUACCUAAUUAGAAUCGUUUAAUCAAGUUUGCUCUAGAUCCAUUCUAAAAGUUGAAUGCUUGUUGGAACAUAUAGUUCAGGUCGUAGCUGUUUUUUCUUUUUCAUAAUGCAUCAGAUGUUUUUCAGUAUAUUGAUUUAUAGUUUGUACUUUCUAACUGCUCUUUAUGUUUCAUAUCUGUUUUAUGAUAUUUCUUCAAUAUUACUAUUUCAAUUAGAUUCGUAUAUUUUUGUUUAUUAUUUUAUGAAUUAAGUUAAAUUUUAGUGCUUCCAAAUAGUAGAAGUAAUUAUCCAGAUAUUUUAACCAGGAGAUGUCAAACUUUCAACCAUUGUUAUACACAUUUAUAUGUUCCUCUUUUUAAUUUUCAAGCCAAUAUUUUGACAAGACUUACAUAGUAUGUAACGUUGACAGUUUUAAUUUUGUGUUCAUUUAUUUUUAUAACAUUUAAAUUAACCCCAGAAAUUUUUAUUAUAUAGAAAAUUUUAAUUUUCUAAACCAACUUUUAAUAAAUAAUAUUAAAAUUUGA